UACUUCUGUUAACUGAUGGGGGGGAACCUUUUUGCGAAGUCUCUUUGUGAUUGUAAUUGACGUCGGUAGUUUCAUGUUCGAUAAAUAACCUCUGUGUCAUUCGUACCUCGAAUGGUAGGCGUAUUGCACGGUGUUUAGAUACAUGUCAGGACAGGUCGGCCCGCGGUUUUUGGAUAGUGGAAGUUGCUGAAAGGGUUACAGUUUGGGGGACGGCGCAGUUUGAGAUUUAUUGAUCAUACGACGCGUGCGUUUGCUUCCGGGAGAAACGUCAUUUGACGAGCGCCCGGUGCGGUGAACGUCCACAACGAUAGACUGAGCAUCGAUGCUUCGUGCAGGCAGGAUGGAGGAGUUUGUUACGGAGGAAGACGAGCCAUGGUACGAUCAACGGGAUUUGGAACAGGACCUGCACCUAGCAGCCGAGCUGGGGAAGACACUUCUGGAGCGCAACAAGGAGCUGGAGGACUCCCUACAGCAGAUGUACAUCAACAACGAGGAACAGGUGCAGGAGAUCGAGUACCUGUCCAAGCAGUUGGAGAUGCUGAGGGAGAUGAAUGAGCAGCAUGCAAAAGUCUAUGAGCAGCUAGACGUGACAGCCAGGGAACUGGAGAUCACCAAUGAGAAGCUGGUUCUGGAGAGCAAGGCUUCCCAGCAGAAGAUCGACAGGUUGACUGGUACCAUGGAGACUCUGCAGGCCCAGGUAGAUACCAUGACGACUCGUGUUGAGGAGCUACGGACACUGGAAGAGCUGCGGGUCCGCAGAGAGAAGAAGGAGCGUCGCAAGACUGUCCACUCCUUCCCCUGCCUCAAAGAACUCUGCACGGCCCCAAGGUACGAGGACGGCUUCCUGGUGGCAAACCCCGGCAGUGUGGACCUGGUGUCCGAGCACGAACGCCGGCCCCUGGACGAGGAGAACGAGCGUCUGAAGGGCGUGGUCUCCUCCCUGAGGUCCGCCAUGGUGGCCGAACGGGGCCGGCGCGAAGGGGCGGAGCGGGAGUGCACGGCGGUGCUGCAGGAGUUUGAGCGUCUGGAACAGCGCCUCCUGGGGGCGGAGGGCUGCCAGCUGCGGGUGCAGGAGCUGGAGGCGGAGCUGCACGAGAUGCAGCAGCUGAGGAGGUCCAGGGUGUGUCUGCUUGGGGGCGAGGAGGGCCUGGAGCAGACCCUGCUCAACAACGCCCUCGAGACAGACACGCCCGACGGGCCCGGGCAAGAGGAUGGAGGGGAGGGAGCCGUGGGGUCCGGCGUGGCGGGGGAAAAAAGCACGCAACAGGGUGGCCCCGUGAGGAAGAGCUGCAGCGACACGGCGCUCAACGCCAUCUCGGCCCGCGACGCCACAGGCCGGCGGCAGGGCAGCUACGCGAUCCACGCCAACGGCGUCCGCAAGCGAGGCAUGUCCAUUCUCCGGGAGGUGGACGAGCAGUAUCACGCCCUGCUGGAGAAGUACGAGGAGCUCCUGGGGAAGUGCCGGCGCCACGAGGAGAGCCUGUGCCACGCUGGGGUGCAGACGUCGCGGCCCGUCUCCAGGGACCCGUCCGUGAAAGACUACAGCAUGGCCACCGCCGGCACCUCCUGCUCCGCCACGGCGUCCGCUGGACCCCCCACCCCACCCCAGACCCCCUCCACCCCUGAGGCCCUGGAGGGCAUCAGCCGGCAGGUGGAGCAGGUGGACAAGAGGCUGGGACAGAACACCCCGGAAUAUAAAGCCCUGUUCAAGGAGAUCUUCUCCCGCCUGCAGAAGACCAAGAGUGAAGUGAACUCCACCAAGGGAACCAAGGCUAGGAAGUCCCCAAGGCUAGGAAGUCCAAAGGGAAGGAAGUCCAAAGACAAAUGAGCUGCUUUCCCUCUCGCCUGAUGCUACUGAAAAUACACUGAACUUUGGGUACAAAAAACAGAAUUUAUUUUUAUUUCUUUGAUUAUGUUGCUUGGUCAUAGUGGUCACUGGAUGUCUUAAUAGCAGGUUACUCUAUUUGUGCACGGGGGAAAUACAACCACUGCGGAUGAUCCUCAACUAGUUUAGCCUUAUCUAAAUCUACGCUGCCAAAUUUCACCCUAAUAUGAAGUAAUUGAUCUUAGACAUUCAUCAACUGGGCAGAUGAAAUGCCUUGUUGCUUGACCUAACACAGUAAUGACAACAUAGUCUCGCACUAACAUCCCUUUUUGACCUGUCCUUUGUUAAGACAAUCCAACACAAUAUUUCAAAUCCUAAUCUGACUGAGUGUACACUGAUACUGCACUAAUUAUAUUUAAAAUGUACAAAGACUGACUGUUUAAUGUUUUUGCCAAUGAUGACUGUCAUAAUGAAUAACAUGUGGAGGGGAUAAAAUGUUUUCAAAAACAACAAUAUGCUUAAUUAAUUCCUGAUGCUCACACGUUGUGAACUCCGCAAUGAAACACAGCUAUUAGACAUGACUUGCAUCAAUACAACAUACACUGGUUUUCAAAAGCAGUAGGCAAAGCCAGUUUGUCAAAAAUGAAAUUGUAAAAGACUAUAGGACUCAAUGAAAUUGUUCUUGAAUGAAUGCUGUAUCCCAAACUGUAAAAUCACAUAGUAUGUUAUUGAAUUUACCUCCUUAAAAUGAUUCUUGAGAUGACAAUAUUGGCAAAUUGAGUGCAGAGUCUGAGGAUUUUGACGACGUGCUAGGUUACGGUUAUGGAUAUGUUAGGUUAUGGUUAGGAAAAGGGUUAGCGUGAGUUACAAACAUUCUACCUGACGCCUCUUAAUCGCGCAACUCUCAUUGCCAGAAACUGAAUGUGUCUUAGCCAUGAACACUAAUUAUGCAUUGCUUGGGAACGGAACUCUCAAUCACAUUUCAGUCUCCUAAGUAAUGGCUCCUUGGUAACACCUUAGCUUGCAGAAUUCAGGUGUAUUCACUGUAGUCUACGUCUUUCAAAACAACACUUUUCAUUUGAACAUUGAAAUGCAUGAAACUUUAAGAUAAAAUGUUAAUAUGAAGAAUGAUGCUGUGUGGAUGUUGAAACAUUAUUUUAUUGCGUUGGUAUAUUUGUCUUGCAGGCAUUGAUUCAGUUUUAUCUUACUUUAUUAAAUUCUUCAGUCUUUCCGAUUAGAACAAACUUUACAACCUGGAACACAUGUGCCAAGAUCCGCAGAUGCUUCGGGGUGGAAAUUACACGUUUUGGUCCAGGAGAUAAUAAAUCCUGAAAAUGUUGGAUCUGCAUAUAGUUUCCAUCUGUUUUUCUAAGUACAUUGGUUGUCAUUGCAAUUUUUGUUCUCAUUGUGUACAAAUUGUGAUAUGGUCUUUUAAGAAUUGGUUAACAGAUUUUUUUUCCCCCCCACAUUUUUAAUAGUUACGGUUUUGUUGUGUGUACAUGAUGGAAUGGGGAAGAUGGUUAGGUUAAUUCUGAGAACAGGCAGUAAAAUGACUCAAAAUAAAAACGUCAGGACAAAACAUCCAUUCAGAACCCUUUAUUGUGACACAGGUGAACCGUAAUCUCCAGGUGCAGAAAGUAGUCCAAAAAAAAAAUAUCACAAUCAUACUGAUUCAAAGAACUGAGCCUAGCCCUACAUAACUUUAUAAUCUUACAACAUUAGAAAAUGGAGUGUACAAAAAUAAAGGUUAUGAAUAAUGUCCUGGCUGUUCUUGUCCUUGUUGUACUUAACGGUUUGUCUAUGUAGACCUGACCUAAAACAUCACGUUCAGGAGUCUAUAAAUAGUACACAGGGACAAA